CGUGGGAUUCUAGCUUGGGAAACAAUCCAAUCCACAGCGACCCAUCAUAAAUUCACAAUCCAGAAGAAUAUGCAAAUAUCUAGAUAAAUCUCACAGUUUCACUCAAAGCACAAUUUCCACGCGAAGAAAAUCCAAACCAAGAAAUCGUCGCCGGAAAACAGUCAUGGCUGGAGUGGAGAUAUUGCCCAAAGAGUAUGGCUACGUGAUCAUCGUGCUCGUCCUCUACUGUUUCCUCAACCUCUGGAUGUCUUUCCAAGUCGGCAAAGCUCGCAAGCAGUAUAAGGUUCCCUAUCCUACCAUGUAUGCAUCCGAAGCUGAAAACAAGGAUGCUAAUCUCUUCAACUGCGUUCAGAGAGGGCAUCAGAAUUCACUGGAAAACAUGCCUGUAUUUUUCAUGCUGAUGAUAAUGGGAGGAAUUAGGCACCCUUUAAUUUGUGCAUCCUUGGGAGUCAUAUACAUUGUUUCUCGGUAUGGCUAUUUCACUGGUUAUGCUAGUGGUGAUCCCGCAAAGCGCUAUACUCUUGGGAAAUAUGGUUUCCUUGCAAUUUUUGGUCUUAAGAUUUGCGCAAUAUCUUGUGGAAUCAAGCUUCUAACAUCAUGAGCUAGAGGAUGCUGCUUGGUAGCUGUCUCAUAUAACAAAUCCAUAUAGGUCUUUUUCUUUCGUUUUUCUAAUAAUGUUCUCUGCCUAAUUGCGGUGUCCUGGUUAUGUUAUGUUAACCCUUAAAAAGGCCCUGCCUUUAACUAGUUGUCAUGUAGAAACUUUGCCAACAAUAUGGUUUUGCUUAUGGAUUUGACUGCAAUAAAGUGUAUCAUUGUCUUCAUACA